AGCGCUUAUCGCCGCCGCGGGCCUGCCCCACCCCCUCCGCCGAAGAGGCCAAGGCAGGGCGGGGGGGGGAGAGGAGCGUGGCUUCACCGGCCCCCCCCCCGCCUCCCCUGGCGCAGCCAAUCGGAGCGGAGAAAAGCCCUCGUGCCGCUAACGCCCCCGCGGGCGCCCCCCUUUUAAAAUCAAGCGGCGGCAGCGGGUUGCCCCUCGGCGCGGCGGGAAGGGGGGGAGGACGGGGAAGGGCGGCGGCGGCGGCGGCGGCCUCGGGCGUGCACACAAACACACGCACGCACGGAGGCACGCGGCGCCGCGGGAUGUCCGCAGCCCCCCCGUGAAGCGGGGACGGGGGGGCAGCCGGGAGGCCGCGAGGAGGAGGAAGGCGAGCGGGGGAGGGUCUGGCGCCCGCUCCGCGGCGCGGCUGAGGAUGGCGCCGGUGAGCGAGCAGCCGGCGCCGCAGGGCGCGGGGGACCCCGCGGCCGCUCCCCUGCCCUGCCCGGCGGCGGCGGCGGCGGAGCCGCGGCGGGCGAACGGCGAGGAGUGGUGCCCGGGCGGCGGCAGCCCGGCGGCGGGCGGCGACAGCGGGGCCCGGACGGCGGCGGCGGGGGGAGCCGCCGGGAGCGCGGAGCCGGCGGCGGCCGAGCCCCCCGACGGCGGCUGGGGCUGGGUCGUGAUGCUGUCCGCCAUGUGGUGCAAUGGCUCCGUCUUCGGCAUCCAGAACUCGUGCGGGGUCCUCUUCGUCUCCAUGCUCCAGCUCUUCGGCAGCGCCGAGGACAAGCAGCUGGCGUUUAAAACAGCAUGGGUGAGCUCUCUGUCCAUGGGGAUGAUCUUCUUCUGCUCUCCGAUAGUCAGCAUAUUCACAGACCUGUUUGGUUGCCGAAAAGUAGCUGUUACUGGAGCAGCAGUGGGGUUUGCUGGACUCCUUUCAAGCUCCUUUGUAAGCACCAUUGAACCUCUGUAUUUCACCUAUGGAAUCUUAUUUGCCUGUGGUUGCUCAUUUGCAUACCAGCCAUCCUUGGUUGUUCUCGGGUACUAUUUCAAGAAACGCCUUGGACUGGUGAACGGCAUCGUCACUGCAGGCAGCAGCUUGUUCACAGUGUCACUGCCUUUCCUCUUGAGAGUUUUGAUCGAUUCAGUUGGCCUAUACAACACCUUAAGGGUCCUGUGCAUCCUUAUGUUCAUUCUGUUCCUGGCUGGCUUUACAUACAAACCCCUCGUUUCCAAUGCCAACGACAAAGAAGAAGGGAAGAAGGGCAAGUUCAGAUCUGCUCCUGAAAAAAAGAUUUUCAAUUUCUCCGUUUUCAAAGUUAAAAGUUACCGAAUCUGGGCAUUUGGGAUCCCAGCUGCACUUUUUGGAUACUUUGUGCCUUAUGUUCACUUGAUGAAGCAUGUAAAAGACAGAUUUGGUGACAGCGUGCCAGAAGAGGUGCUUCUGCUGUGUCUGGGCAUUACUUCGGGAAUUGGCCGAUUGAUCUUUGGCAGAGUUGCAGAUUAUAUUCCUGGUGCAAAAAAGGUUUAUUUACAGGUGACCUCAUUCUUCUUCAUUGGCCUGAUGUCUAUGAUGAUUCCAUUGUGCCAUGUCUUCGGAGGUCUCAUUGCUGUCUGUCUCUUCAUGGGCCUGUUUGAUGGAUGCUUCAUUUGCAUUAUGGCUCCUAUUGCCUUUGAGCUUGUUGGUGCUCAGGAUGUCUCCCAGGCCAUAGGAUUUCUGCUAGGACUUAUGUCAAUACCUAUGACAGUUGGUCCACCCAUUGCAGGUUUACUGCGUGACCACCUAGGUACCUAUGACGUAGCAUUCUACCUGGCUGGAGUUCCUCCCCUUAUUGGCGGCACUAUAUUAUGUUUUAUCCCUUGGGUCCAUGAACGGCAGAAGUUAAAAGAAAGAGCAAAAACUGUUGAUGGAGAAACUACUGAGAAAAUGCUGGAAAAUGAAAGCACUUUUGUGUCAGACACUGCAGAAAAAACACUCAAAAAAACAGAAUCUGGUUUUUGAUGCUUUCUUUCCUCUACUAGCCUACCCUUCUCCUACAAAAGUUAGAUCAGGUUUAUAGGUUUUGGCUGAAAAUACCAUGAUACUAAAGAAGUUUUGAACUAUUGCUCAAACUGCAAGAAUCUUUUAUACCAUUGAACGCUUUUUUUUUUUUUUUUUUUGACAAGUCCUUGAGUUUGAUUUCAAGCCACAUUUGUAAGGUAUUUGAAGUUUUAUAGCAUUAGUGUGUACAUGCAUAGUGAUUCUCUGUGUGAAGAGAGUAUUUUUCUAAUUCAUCAGAACAUAUUUCUGGAAGUGUGAAAGCUGUUUCUGAUUCACUGACCCAGGACUCUUCAAUAAUUUUACGGUCCAUCCAAUGCAGGAAACACCUUUGGGUGUUUAUAGUUGAACAUUUAGUAGCUCUUAUGACUGAUUUAUUUUUUUAAAGUUUCUCGUGCUGCUUUAAAGUCUUUCAAAAUUCUGUAUCAUGAAUGUGAACAUACAUCUUUUUGAUUCCCUUAACUUUAACUCUUGCUGAAAUCAUUUUGUAUUAGAAAGCUAAAUUAUUUAAAAAGUAUCUGUUUUAUUCUCUUAAUAUUCCAGCAUGCUCAGUUUGCUUAAACGUUGACCUCUUGCAUUGAUUCACCUUUUUCACAGUAUCAUGAACAAAGAACAUUAAGGAUGAAAUUCAUGAUGGAUACAGGUUUUGAAAAUGCACAAACUAAGCACAGAAAUCAACUACAUUCAGAAGUAAAGCUGCUGAAUGAUAGAUUGUUCUAAUGUUUUUUCUGCCAAGGCAGUAAUAUUAAUGUAUAUAUAUACAUUUUUUCAGCUAAACUUCAAAAUAACUGAUAGUUUUGCAGUCACACUGACAGCAGUACUUUGAAGCAGUAUUGUGAAUCAGACUAAACUUAAAAUUCUUUUGUUGUAUCUUUAGGUUCUUAUUGUUUUUAAUUCUUACACACAAGACAGCUUUAAAGAAUACAUGUUAAGUGCAAUAAUAUUGAGUUGUUUUAACAUGUGGAGCUAUUAAAAUGACAUUCAACAAUUGAAAAGAUUUUUGCACUAAAUGAACAUGCAACUUUAUUAUGGGUCUUUACAGCUGUGUUCAAUUGCAUGUAGGAUAGAGCGCCAUGUUUUAUUGAAAUAUAAAGAAAUGUCUUUGCAUACCCUAUUACUUGCUUAACAUACGAAAAUAUUUCCGUUACUUCCAUAUUCCUAGGUAUUCCAUAAUGUUUGUCGAGCAUGUAUUUUCGAAACACCUCUUUCUCUGAAAAAUAUUUGAAAACAUAAUACUUUGCCUGAGAUGAGAAGGACACUGUGUGCUUUUCAGUUUAUCAUAAAACACUUCCAAGUGCAUUGUUUAUUUGUGGAUAUUGAACCAGCAGUACAAUGGAAUACUUAAACAUGCUUUAUUUCAGAUCCAUUCAACACCAACAAUUUUUGUUUUCCUGUUUAGAUGUGCCUUUUAGCAAAGGGCAAACUAAACAUGAUUUUAAGACUAAACGUGCAUUUUAGUGCAUUUUCUUAAUUAGCAACAAUACUUGUUCCUUACAUAAGUUACAGAGGUGUAUUGUUUUAAAAUUAGAACCUGUAAUGUCUUUCCUAUUUUUGUAGUUUUUCCUUCUUCCAGAAUUGUAUUAAAUUGCUCAGAAGGCCCAUGUACACCUGUGAUAUAAAACAUUGUUAGCAAUACUAUUACUUAGAAAGUUUAUAUACAUUGAUUUUCAAAAAUCCUUUUAACAUAAUCAUGCAGGCAUCCUAAUUAUUGAAGGCCAGAGCUCAUACUGUGUUUAUAUUGCAGAAUUUCAAUCACUGCCACAUGUGAGUGAGGCUUAAAAGAAUUGAAAUGAUAGUGAGGUGUAUGAGAGAGUUUUGGGAGUGGAAAAAAACACAUGAAGAACAGAGGUCUCUUUAUGUUUCACUGGGACUUGUUCUUCUGAAUGUCCUAAGUAUUUCUGAAAAUUUCCUUAAAAUAUUGGUAGUAUUGUUAACUAAAAUGACUACAAAAUGCUGCCUUCAUUACUGAAAUGAUGUUAACAGCCUACACUGUUCUUGUUUGGCGUAUUUCUGUAGAAUGUGUUAUUCAGUAUUAUCUUCUAUCUGGGCAAUGCAAAAGAUGUUGAUAUGUGUGAUGAAAGCCUUUUAUUUCAUAUUGCUUUAUUAUGAAAAAUUAAUAUUUAUCACAGUUCUUAUUUUUCAUGUGUUUUAGCUUUAUAAGUUUUUAACCAAAAAUGAAGCUGCAUUUUAGCAGUAAUGUGAUUUGAAAUUGUUGUUAUCAGACAUCUUGACCUAACUGGCAUCUUCCUGACCUGGUGCUCUAUAAUGUCUAUAUAUAAAUGAUCUGGGAGAGAAUAUGAAAUAAUUGCUGUUAAAUUUUAUAAAUGAUACAGAAAUAGUGUAAGAGUAGUAAGGAUUAGUUCUUGCUGAACCCUUUAAAAAUGUACAGAAAAAUGCAAAUUCUUAUAUUGGAGUAGCUAAAAAGGUAAGUUAAUGCUUACAAGAUAAAUGACUCAUUAAAAAAAAAAACAAACUGUAUGAAAGGGACGGCUGAGUCAUGGGAUGCCAGAGGAGAGGGAUGCAGAGUCAGCAGUGAGGAAGUCAUGUUUGUGUGAUGAUGUUGGAAUAAUGAACCUAUUUCAGAUGUCAGUGCUUAUUUUACAACAGUAAAAUUGGAAAUACUGCAGAAAAAAACAAAAUUUCAGAACAGUUAGAAAACAAGUUAUAUUUAAGAGAUGAUUCUGUUAGCAUCCUCACUGUCAGUUUCCAAUAGGAAAAGCUCUUUUUUGGUCAUAAUUGUAACAAGAUUGUGCCCUAAAAUUAAAUUAGAUUAAUUUAAAAUGGAAGUAAAGUUCAAAUGGUUAGUAGUGAGGCUAAUUAACUAUUGAGAAACUUAUUGAGAGAGAUACUGGAUUUUAUAUGCCCUGAAGUUUUAUAAAUGAGAUUAGCGCUCUCUCUUUUCAAAAACAAAAAAAGCCAAUACAAUAAUCAAUAUUUAGUCCAUUCAUGCGAAAAUCACGGUAUGACACAGAAUUUUAUCUUAGGCGGUGUUUAUUCUGAACACUGAAACAGAAAAGCACCAGGAAUUCGAUUUUAUUUUGGCUGAGUAAAUGUAAAUACAUUUUUGUCAGAGAACUUAAUUUUAGGUGGGGAAAUUCAUUUUUAUGAAAUAUACUAAACUCAUAUUUUGAUGACCUAAUUUAUGCAAGUUUUAAUUUUGUUGGGGAUUGAUUCCAAAAUUAAAACACUAGUUCAAAAAAGCCCCCUUAAAAUGUUCAGAGAUCCAAAUGUAAUCCUCUUUUGAGCAGUUCAUGAAGUGCUUUUCAUAGACAUUGCUCCUCCAUCCUGUAAAGAGAUUAAUUGUCCUCCUUUUUCCAUUAAAUAUUUUCAGGGUAAGCUUCAGAAGAAAUUGGGUAGAAAAAGGUUCAUUUAAGAUGCCACUGUGAUGAAAUUUACAGUCCUAUUCUUUGUGCUGUAAUUUAAUACAUCAUUAUUUUCAUCAUGGUCAUCUUUAAGUGUAUAUUCAGUAUCAGAUGAGGUAAAUAAUCACAUCUUUCUCCUUUGGCUCUUCAUACACAAUGCCUGGGCAUACACAUUCCUAAAUUCCCUUUGGAGACAUUGGAUUUUAAAAGCUGAUGCAUACCAUAUUGAAUAUAGAUAGUACUUUUUCAGCUUUGCUUUCUCAAACUUCUUCCCUGCAUUAAACCUUCGAAUAGCCAUAGCCUGAUAAGGCACUUUUUCGUGAGGUGGGAGAUUGAAGUUGAAUCAGAUAGAAGAGACUGAACCCCAUUUUCACGCGUAGUAGAUGAAUACUCAGAUCACAUGCUUAUUACAUAAAAGGUGGAUACUACCACCUCAAAGCCAAAACACCCUGCUCGGUUAUUUGCCUCAGGUAGUACAUGCCAAAGGGACGAGAGAUGCUUCCCUGCAGGCCUUGAAUGAAGUAUCUCAGGAUGCCACCAUCAUUAGGAUUGUCCUUACAGAUUAGUCUGAGCAGCCAUGUUCUUGCUGUGCAGGCACCGGGCUGCUCCCAGCUCUGCUGCUCACUCUGCGGGAGCCCAUGUGGAGGGGCUCAGCCGUCCUCUCUGAGCAGAGAGUGGAGCCGCUGCCACACCUGGGUCUGGAUCCCACUCUGGAGAGCUGCAGUCUAGAAAUUAAGUGUUUCAGAAACUGACUUUUAGGCAUCUUAACUCCUCUAUUGGAAAUGACCCUCUGAUGUUACAAGGUUGUGUGUGUGCGUGUACAUAUAUAUAAAUACAAUAUAUUUUCACCAGGGCAUACGAACAUUGCGCAUUUACUAUAGGAGCUGUAGCACUGGAACGUGGGAGAAAGUGUUUAGAGAUUAAUAGUUGAGAAAAAGUAAUAAUUUCCAUUCGUAUGUUUCAUUAUUGACAAACACAGCACCAUUAAAAUUCCUGACAGUGAGUGAGGUUUUUAUUAAUGUACACUUUGGCAUAUUUUAAUGUGCCUUUUAGUCUUAUAUAUUGUGUCAACAUUUUUAAUAUUUCAGAACUGUGUAUGCUAAGAUUAGACUGAUAAUAUUUUAUACUAAAAUGUGCGCUAAUAUUGAUGACACUGACACAUUUAAAGUAUCUUUAUAGACAUCACAUUUUGUAUGUUGUUUUUGAUAUUAAAGGGUAUACAUUUUGCUAGCCUUAACUCCAUUCUUUAAAAUCUGCUUUGUUAUAAGCGUAAGAAAUGAAUGUGUAAUGUUAUUCAUGGUGCUAAAAUAACUGCGAUCAGUCUCAAAUUAUUCAGAAUAAAGAUGUAGUUCUUAAGUGCCCCA